AUGGUGCCGGUCGAAAGAGGGAACGCUGAUACCCUUCUAGCGAUUAUCAUCGAUAAAGUUUUGCCGGGUACCACCAUUAUGUCCGAUCUAUGGUCGGCAUAUGGUGGUAUCAAAAAAUUGCCAGUCAAGUAUCACCAUGAGACGGUUAACCAUUCACAGCAUUCUGUAGAUCCGAACACUGGGAUAUGUACAAACGGAGUGGAGUCGAUGUGGCAAAAGUUCAAAAUGAAGCACAAAUCGAGGUUCGGCAUCGAUCGCGGUUUAUUGGCGAGCUAUGUGGAAGAAUUCGUUUGGAAAAGAGAAUUUGGAGGGGAACAUUGCUUAUACAACUUGUGGAAGCAAAUCGCAGAUAUGUACCCCAUAUAA